GGUAUUCUCCUGAUUGAUUCCUUCUUCUCUUCUUUUUUUUUUUUUUAAAUUUUUUUCUUUAUGUGCGGCAACACUUUAAAGUUGCUGAAUUAGUGGUGAGGAAGGGAUGGUAGACAAGGCACAAAAAGCGCUAGAAGAGGCUGAAACACUCAAGAAGCACUUUGCUAGACAGGAGCCUGUUCUGAAUUCCUCAAAGUAUACUGCUGCUGAUGUUCGCAUUAUGAAUCGAAAGAAAGAAGCAGAGAUCAUGAGAGAGAAUCAAGUCGGGACCGAGACCGAGGAAAUAGCCGUGACUGAGGCAGGGAUUAUGAUCGUAGGAGCAGAGAUUGUGACAGGUAUAGUGAUCGAGAUCGUGAUAAGGAUUAUGAGCGCUCUCGAACUUAUGAUUCUAGAAGUCACCACAGGUCAUGUUCAAGGUCUAGGGAACACUCUAGGGAUCAUGAUUGCCACAGGGACAGUUGCAUCAAAUUUAUUUGAGGAUGUGAGCUACAAUCCUCUAUGAUUCUGGCAACGAAGAAACUUUUAUCACGUGAAGCUACAUCCUUCUUUUCUUUCUUUCUUUCUUUUGUUUUCUCUUAUCCUCAUGAUGAUAAGAAUCUUACUCAGCAUUUUUGGGUGCUAUCAUCUGUUUCUAGUAUAUUUCCCUUAGUAUUGGAAUACAGCAUGGAGAAAUGG